AUGCAGCGUGAACCUCCGAAGGGGAGGCAGGGGAAGAAGUCGGAAAAGCGGCUCUUUGACCCCGUGUCCUUCGGGAAGGACCUACUGGCCGGCGGGGUCGCAGCGGCUGUGUCCAAGACAGCCGUGGCGCCCAUCGAGCGGGUGAAGCUGCUGCUGCAGGUGCAGGCGUCGUCCCGACAGAUCAGCGCCGAGUCUCAGUACAAAGGCAUGGUGGAUUGCCUGGUGCGGAUUCCCCGCGAGCAGGGUUUCUUCAGUUAUUGGCGUGGCAAUUUGGCAAAUGUUAUCCGGUAUUUUCCAACACAAGCUCUAAACUUUGCUUUUAAGGACAAAUACAAACAACUUUUCAUGUCUGGAGUUAAUAAAGAAAAACAGUUCUGGAGGUGGUUUUUUGCAAACCUGGCCUCUGGUGGAGCUGCUGGAGCAACAUCCUUAUGUGUAGUUUAUCCAUUAGACUUUGCCCGAACCCGAUUAGGUGCUGAUAUUGGAAAAGGUCCUGAAGAGCGGCAAUUCAAGGGUUUAGGUGACUGUAUUAUAAAAAUAGCAAAAUCAGAUGGAAUUGUUGGUUUGUACCAAGGGUUUGGUGUUUCAGUUCAGGGCAUCAUUGUGUACCGAGCCUCCUAUUUUGGAGCAUAUGACACCGUUAAGGGCUUAUUACCAAAACCAAAGGAAACCCCGUUUCUUGUCUCCUUUUUCAUUGCUCAAGCUGUGACCACAUGCUCUGGAAUUCUCUCUUAUCCCUUUGACACAGUUAGAAGACGCAUGAUGAUGCAGAGUGGUGAGGCUGAACGGCAAUAUAAAGGAACUUUAGACUGCUUUGUGAAGAUAUACCAACAUGAAGGAAUCAAUGCAUUUUUUCGUGGUGCCUUCUCCAAUAUCCUUCGUGGUACAGGGGGUGCUUUGGUGUUAGUACUAUAUGAUAAAAUUAAAGAACUCCUUAAUAUUGAUAUUGGAGGUAGUUCAUCAGGAGAUUAAAUUAAGAAAUGCAUAUAUUUAAGUUGUUAAACAUAAAAUUAUAUAGCUGCCAUUUGUAUACAAUUUGAUAGUGUGUUAUUAUUGUCAGUAUUUUUUAGAGUACUGAUUCUACAAUAAAGCAUAUGCUUUUUCAAGGGUUUUAAAUACUAAAAAUCAGAUAAAUGUGGGUUUCCUUCCUACGUAC